AUGGCAUCUUUGUUUAUUCCGUUGCUGUGCUGGGCUUCGGUGGCGGGCGGUGAUGAGCUCGAGCAGUUCUGCGAUACAGAGGUGUAUCCUCCAUGUGACGUCGGCUUCCCCGUAGGCCGAGACUCUCCGGGUCUUUGGACCACCAACGCAUCGGGCCUUGCGAUCAAGGCAGCUCGCCGCCCCAGUCGUCGAUUCAAGGCUACGAGAGACGAAAACGCGACGAAGGAGCUCGGAUCUCCUUUGACACGUCGCGUGCAUAAAGAGUUCAGCCUCCCCGAAGCACUUCAUGUCAAGGAGAAGACGGUGAUCGCCUUGCAUGCCGGGCAUGAUGGCUCCAUCGCUAUUGGUAAGGGUGGCCGAAUCCAGUGUGUUUUGGAAUUGGAAAGACUGUUUGAGGACAGAUAUUUCAUUCCCAAAACUGAUCAUUUCCAUUUCCAUUGGCACAGGGCCCUUGAGACAGUAUAUGAGAGUUGCGAAUGCGAGGACGGGUCAUGCCCAACGAAUUUUGAUUUCGGCAUCAUGGUGAAUUUCGGGGGAGAUGUGUCGGUGCAGCAUGCAGAUCUGCCAAAUAUUGUAGAAAGAUUUUUUCGUGUUCGCGAGUGGCGGAAUGUGAACCACCAUGAGGCGCAUGCAUUGAUGGGAUUCUUCUCCUCGCCGUUUCGCUCUGCCUUCAUUCUGUCGUACGAUGGCGGUGGCAACGAUGGUGUUUUCAAUGCCUUUCUGGGUAGAGGCUUUGAGCUGCAUCGCAUCGGUCGAAAACCGCUCAACUUGGGCGCAGGAUAUUACAAGCUCGCUAGCUUCUUGCACGAGGUCAACGGAUAUCCUGAAACAAGAAACCUGGUGUGUGAGAGGCUAGAGGAGGAGGACGGCGAUUGGGUUGAGCUGGCGAUGUUGUUUCCAAUCCAUGUUUUCGUCGCUUUUGCAGGCAAGCUGAUGGGAUACUCCGGCCUGGCGAACCCUUCACCGGAAAUUGGACCCUGGAUUCGCGAGUACUUCCAUCGAUGGGCAAUAGGGGAAGACAGAGUGCCACGAGCCUUUCUGGUCAAGGUGUGUGAAGGCACGGAGAGUCAGCGCAUUCUUGCGGCCACGAUUCAGGCUGAGUUUGAGCGCGUGAUGCACCCCAUCAUCCAAGAAUACCUGCAAACUCUGCAGAUGAAAGGCAUUACUGUUGAAGGGAUCGUGCUUACCGGAGGAUGUGCACUCAAUGUGGUUGCAAAUCAACUAGUACGCGACACGCUGACAGAAGUCAAGGCAUCACAACCGGUCUUAACGAGACCCAGGGAUGUUUACGUGCCUCCGGCUCCGAACGACUCCGGAUUGACCGUGGGAGCCAUCUGGGCUGUUUCGCCACCAGUAGGCCCCCGUCAACCGCUGCAAUAUCUUGGCUUCCAGCUCUGGGAUCUGGACGAGCUCGGAAAGGAAGCAGAGCAGAGAGGGGCUCAGAGAUUGUCCGAGCUCGGUGGCGUCCAAUACCUCGCCGAGCUCUUGGCCGGUGGCCCGGCCUGGGCGGCUCAGAAGCGCGGUGCAGGGCACGAGAAGCCGAUCAUUGCGGUGGUGCGCGGGAGACAGGAGUUCGGGCCCCGCGCUUUGGGACAUCGAUCUUUAUUGGCGGUACCAGACUCCGAGUACAUGCGCGAUCGUAUGAAUCGUUUGAAAGCCCGGCAGUGGUAUCGGCCGGUAGCCCCGAUGAUUGCAGAAGAGGCUUUGGAAGAAGUUUUUGGCUUCAAGUACACUUCGGCCUACAUGGAGUUUGCCCCAGCGGUGCGUAGUGAGAUCUGGAAGCGCUUCCCAGCAAUUGCUCACGUUGAUGGUACAGCUCGUCAUCAGUCUGUCAGCCGUGCAGACGAACCUUGGGUACAUGCUCUUCUGCUGGCCGUUGCUAAAUUCACUGGUCUCGCUGCUCUUAUAAACACAAGCUUUAACUCCAAAGGCAAGCCUAUCGUCAAUACCGUUGAGGCAUCACUGAAAAUGUUGGAUGAGUUGCAAGAUCUCGACUAUGUUCUGAUCGAGGACUGGCUGUUCCGGGCACCAGCUGUCAAGCGAGAAGAAGAGGUUCCAAAGAGGAAGCCCUUUUCUGUUCUUGCUCUCGGAGAUGUGACAAAAGACAAAAAUUGA